UUUUAUUUAUUAUUAUCUCACGCUCACUAUUAUUAUUCGUAGAAUUUUUCUAAGACAGAGAAGAGAAAACAAAAGAGCCAAGCAAUUUCUGAACGAGAAGAAGAAGAAGAAGCAAAGAAAUGGCGGAUCAGCUUACUGAUGACCAAAUCUCUGAGUUCAAGGAAGCCUUCAGUUUGUUCGACAAAGAUGGAGAUGGUUGCAUCACCACAAAGGAGCUUGGAACUGUGAUGAGAUCGCUGGGGCAGAACCCUACAGAGGCAGAGCUCCAGGACAUGAUUAAUGAAGUUGAUGCUGAUGGGAAUGGAACUAUUGAUUUCCCGGAGUUUCUGAACCUGAUGGCCAGGAAGAUGAAAGACACCGACUCUGAGGAGGAGCUGAAAGAGGCAUUCAGAGUGUUUGACAAGGAUCAGAAUGGCUUCAUCUCUGCUGCCGAGCUGCGCCAUGUGAUGACAAACCUUGGCGAGAAGCUUACCGAUGAAGAAGUUGAUGAAAUGAUAAGGGAGGCAGAUGUCGAUGGUGAUGGCCAGAUAAAUUACGAGGAGUUUGUGAAGGUCAUGAUGGCCAAGUGAUCAUUCCAUUGCCUUAACAAAAACUAAGUUAAAAAAAAUAUAUAAUAUCUUUUUUUUUUCUUUUAUAAUAUUGAGAAAUUCGGGGUUUGAAAUCAAGUUCUUGAAAGGAAUUGGGAGGGGUCUGUCUGUGGUGGUGGAAUGUGUGAUGUUCCUUUUAUUGUGUCUAAUGUUUCUGUUGAAUUCAAUUGUCUUUUUGGCAAUUUAUGUUUUUCUUUUUCUGUUCUUUCUUUUAUAAACUCGGAAUCACGUUUUGGAAUUGGAAUCACUUUUUGGAAUUGAA